CAACAUAAACCCCCCUGUCGCAGCUUCAUGCCAUUCCCUCUGGUCCUGUCACACUCACACUCCAGAAGGGCCUCAUGGACUUCUGGCAGCACAGAAUCAAUGCUGGAUUCUCCCAGAAGAACAUGAAGGCUGGGUGGGGAUCCUGGGUAUGGAGGUAUCAAGGUGUUUUGCCUUUUAACACUUCUAUUAUUUUUCCCCACAAGGCUACCACGGCCCCACGCAUCCCGUCCACGCGGCUGGCGCUGCACCACUUCGACACGAGCUAUGGCCUGCACCUGGGGGCCCUGUGGCCCUCGGUCCGUGCUGCCCUGCUCUGCGAGCAGAAGUACGGGGCCCUCCUCAACAACUUCGCUGCUGCUGACCAUGUUCCCCGAGAGCUGGAGCUGCUCAACGCCACUGAUUUUGUUUCUGAGGCCCCCCAGAAGGCGCAGCAAUGGCAGCGGGGUGCAGCUGUGGGGGAGGCGGCCACAGGGUGCCAGGAGGACUCUGGUGAGAGCAGGACUGGGCUGCAGGCAGAAAUGGUGACCCAGGCAGAGAUGGCCCCACCACUUUGCACCUCCAAAAUCAAGUGUUACACCUUCCCCAGGGGUGACAUCACGCGCUUUCGUCCUGCACGGCCAGAUGCUCUGGGGUUCCUCGACUAUUACCUCAUGGAUGCAGCAUCUCUCCUGCCUGUCCUGGCUCUCGAUGUGCAGCCAGAUGACUUUGUCCUCGACCUCUGUGCGGCUCCGGGUGGGAAGACUCUGGCUCUGCUGCAGACUGGGUUUUGUGGGUAUCUGGCAGCCAACGACGUCUCUGCUUCCCGGACAAAGAGGCUGUACCACAUUCUCCAUAGCUAUGUCCCCAAAGAAGUCAGGGAUACUGUCAGUGUCACAUCCUACGACGGAAGGGACUGGGACCAGGUGAAAGGAGGCACUUUCCAUAAGGUGCUGGUGGAUGUGCCCUGCACGACAGACAGACACUCUGCCAUGGAGGAGGAGAACAACAUCUUCCACAAGAGGCGAACCAAAGAGCGUCAGAUGUUGCCCAUGCUGCAGCUGCAGCUGCUGAUGGCUGGGAUCCUGGCGGCGAGGCCGGGAGGAGCUGUGGUGUAUUCCACGUGCUCGCUGUCCCCGCUGCAGAACGAGUGUGUGGUGGAGAGGGCGCUGGACGUUGCAGGAGCCCACUUCAACAUCAGUGUGCACGUGGAGGCGCUGAGCCACUUCCGGACGCUCUUCCAGGACACGUUUUCCUUCUUCUCGGACUGCCGGCUCGGGGAGCUUGUCCUGCCUCACCUCACAGCCAACUUUGGGCCGAUGUAUUUCUGCAAAUUACGUCGGAUGUAGAAGGGGCAACAGAAUCUGUCUGUUUGCUGUCAGGAAAUGGCCCAAUAUUUAAGGGAAAGCAGAACUGCUUGAUAUUUAUUUUUCUUUCUAAAAUGUCCCAAAGGAAGUCUGCUUUUUUUACUGCAGACAGGGAAUAAAUGAGAAGGACCUGCUG